GUAACGCUUCGUACACGAUGAUCCAAGCGUACGUGAAUGGUCCGCCGGGCGCGGGCAAGACGACGCUCUCCAAGGCGCUCGCCGCGUCGCUCCACCUCACGCACCUCGCGACCGGCGACAUCCUCCGCGACCAUAUCAAGCAGCGGACCGAGCUCGGCAAGGCGGCGAAAAAGUGCAUCGCGGCCAAGACGCUCGUGCCCGACGAUAUUGUUGUCGACAUGAUCGCCGACCGCGCGCUGCACGCGCCGCGCGGCUACGUUCUCGACGGCUUCCCGCGGACGCCCGAGCAGACGCGGCUCCUCAAGCAGCGCGGCAUUUCGCCCAACGUCGUCUUGCUGCUCGAGCUACCGCAAGACGAGAUUCACACGCGGCUGCGCGGGCGCCGCGUCGACCCAACGACGGGCGACAUUUACCACGCCACGUACCACGUGCCCACGGACGCUGGCGUUGCCGCGCGCCUCCUGCACCGCGACGACGACCGCGCCGAGAAGAUUCCGGCGCGGAUUCAAGCGUAUGCUCAGUACGGCGCCGCCACGAACCGCGAGUUCACCAACAUCGCGUACGACCUGGACGCGGACCGUCCCAUGCGUGACGUGGCCGCCGAGGCCGCCGACAUUCUGCGCUCCGUGAGCAAAGUUCAGGCCAAGCGAUCUGAGGUGUCCAACCAGCUCUCGGUGCAGACGCCGCUGUCGGUGAAGAAGCUGGAGCCGGAAGAGUCGGAUGUGAGUCCACCCAAAGUUCGCGUGAGUCUCCGCGCCGAGACAGCGCGCGCCAACAAGAUCGAUGCCGAGAUCCAGCGCAUGGGCCUCGAGCUCCAUGCGCCAUGUGUCGACAACAACCAUCUCAAAGCGGACACGGCCAUGCUCGUCGAAAUGGAGCGCUUCAAGACGAUGCUUAUCUCUGGUUUUGACGUCAUCAAGCACGGGCGGCGCGGCGCCCCGCACACCCGGACGUUGUUUGCUGACGUCGAGUUCAAGCGGCUCUUUUGGCAAAAGCCAGACAAGAAGGAGCUCAAGCCCAAGCUCGACCAAAGCAUUGCGCUCACCGAUGUCAUUGAGAUUGUGCAGGGCAUGAAGACCGAGGUGUUUAAACGUUCGGGCGACUCGAGCAAGGCGGGCCGGUACCUCUCGCUUGUCGCGGACGACCGGACGCUGGACAUUGAAGCCGCCACGGACGACAUUUGCAGUCUCCUCGUGCUCGGCUUUUCUGAGCUCACCGCCCGUAGCGAGUAGGGCAUCGACAAGCAACAAACUCUAUAUACUAGUACACAUGAUUUCUAUACGACUA